CGUUAAACCUCAUCGACGAAGAAGAACAAGCACAAGAAGGAGCCAUCAUGCUAGCGAGAACAGUUUACUCCAUUUAAUCUUUGAAACACGAUGUCUAUUAAAUUAAAUGCGCUAAUCAGCGACUCCUACGUUGAUGUAAGUCAAUAUAGAGACCAACAUUUUAAGGGCAAUCGAUAUGAGCAAGAGAAAGUGCUGAGACAGGCUAACACACUCUACGUUGGUAACCUGUCCUUUUACACCACAGAAGAACAAGUGUACGAGCUCUUCUCCAAGAGUGGGGAUGUGAAGAGAAUCAUCAUUGGCCUGGAUAAGGUGAAGAAGACUGCAUGCGGCUUCUGCUUCGUCGAGUACUACACGCGUACAGAUGCAGAAAAUGCUAUGAGGUUUGUAAACGGGACACGUCUGGAUGACCGCAUCAUCAGAACUGACUGGGAUGCUGGUUUCAAAGAGGGCAGGCAGUAUGGCCGUGGCAAGUCGGGUGGUCAGGUCAGAGACGAAUACAGACAAGAUUAUGACCCAGCCAGGGGGGGCUAUGGGAAAGUUGUAUCACGACCAUGAGAACAUGUCCUAUGCUGUUGCUUUGGGGGGGGUGUCACAAGCCUGACUCAACCUGUUCUCUGCUGUUUCUGUGCCUUUUUGCAGGUCAGAGAUUAAUAUAGAAAAGAUUAUGAUCCUGCUCGGUUGAUAAUGGAAAUUAGCUCUGCUGCAGAGACUUCCCGAGGGACGGAACAGUUUUACGUUUGGUGAAUUUGACCUGGGCUAGAUUUGGGUUCCAAACAGUUUUUUUUUUUUUGUUGGAAAAAGUAGUCCGUUUAAGCAUUUUCAGUUAGCCAAAGUUUCAUCAGUCAUUUUGACCUGUGUAAGAAUAAGCUUGCGCAGAUAGGUUGCAGUCCACACGUUUACAAAUGUAAUUGUCUCCCAAACUGUGUAUACUUUUUUUAAUAAACAUAAAUGGAUUUACAAA